GAAAUGAGAGGAGGUGCGGAGAAUGGGAUGAGUCGUGUGCUGGGAGCGAGUGGCGCGCGAGGCGAGAAAAGCCCCCGCCCUCGGUACGCGCAUAAAUAAGAGGGCCGCUGAGGCGAACGAGUGCUGCUGUUCGCCAUGGGCAACGCGACGGACGCAAGUGCCGCUCUUACUCAGGGCUUGGCACGCUUUUUCUACGCCAUCGACCCCUUGGAAAACUCCUUCCCAGACCACAAACAAGUCCCGGACAUCUUUGUUAAGUCAUGGCCGUACUUUUUGGUGUUCAUGGCGUUGGAGAACCUGCUGCUCUAUUUGGAGGGCAGGCCGACUGUCCGGCUCAACGACAGCAUUACGUCCUUGUCGCAUGGACUCAUUCAACACUGCGGAAAGCUCAUUUUUAGAGGUGCCGAGAGUGCUGCUUACAUCUUCAUCUAUCAAAAGUUCCGGCUGGUCGACCUGGCGUGGGACAAUGCCGUGACCUGGUACCUGGCCGCUUUGGGCGUCGAUUUUUGCUACUACUGGGUCCACAGAGCCAGUCACGAGGUGCACGUGCUAUGGGCGCAACAUCAAGUGCACCACAGCUCAGAAGACUACAACGUCGCCGUCGGCCUCCGUCAGUCCAUCUUGCAGGGAUGGUGUGGAUUUAUUUUCUACUUGCCAUUGGCCUUUUUCAUUCCGCCAGCGCACUUCUUGACACACCAGCAGUUCAGUCUGCUUUUCCAGUUCUGGUUGCACACAGAGGCCAUCAGGCAUCUCGGCCCGCUCGAGUGGAUCUUCAACACACCAAGGCACCACAGAGUGCAUCACGGUGCGAACUUAUAUUGCCUGGACAAGAACUACGGUGGCGUUCUCAUCAUCUGGGACCGACUCUUCGGAACUUUUGCGCCUGAAAAGGAGGGCGAGGAAAUUGUGUACGGACUGGUCUUCAAUCAACCUUCAUUUAACCCCGUCUGGCUUCAGUAUUUCUACUCUGCACAUGUGGUCCACAAAUGGCAGACUAUGGAGGGCUGGAAAAACAAACUGUCAGCCGUCUUCAAAGGCCCCUCGUGGGCCCCAGGGGCACCGUGGACCGGACGCGAGGAAGAUAAGAUCAAGGUGGGCCCGCGGCCCAAAUACGACGUCUCCAUUCCCACGUGGUGCAAUAUUUACCUGCUCAUCCACUUUGUGGUCGUCGUCCUUCUCUUCCAGGAGCUCUACGUGAGACACCUGGCAAUGUCUCAGAUCUUAGUGAUUGUGUUCGUCGGCUAUAUCUUCGUAUCGCUGACCACAAUUGGACUACUCUUUGAAAAUAAGAGCCAGGCGCGUGCUUUCGAGCUGUUCAGAUGCAUCAUGUUCGCCACACUGCUGCAAAGAGGCCACGCCAGCAUGCUGCCGCAGUACAUGGUGCAGGCGCUGCAGACCUUCUUCGCAAUCUCAGCCUUUUUCUGGGCCUUCCAGAAGAUGAUCUUCAGCAAAGGGAAGUACGCGUGACCCCCUUCGAGGCGUCUCAAAUAUAUGGACUGCAAUUUUGGCUCUUGGCGGGUUGUACAUAAAUUCUUGCGCUUGCCUUGCCAAUGAUUCAGAUAACUAGUUUGCAUGCUCCAUUUUCAACUCUUGGGCAUUCCAAGACACGUGUUCUUAGAUUUUAAGGCUAUUUUUUUUACCUAAUUGUAGACGUUGUUAAAAUGCAUUUUAAAAUUAGUGUUUAACUUAUUGUUUGAAACUCUAAAUUUAGCCUAUUUUUUGCGUAUCUGACAAGCCGCUUUGAUUCUGAUGUAAACACUGCAUAGUGAUAAGAGUGUUAAAUUUACAACUUUGUUAUUGACCGCAAGGUACGCGGCUUCGUUGCAAUGUUAUUGUUGAUAUUCCGUCCUCUUUGUGCUGGAUAGUAUUACAUCUUACGAAAAAGUUCUGAAUUGGGCUACAAAGUGGAAAACGCGAGCCUGGUCCAAAUCUUAAAACAAUUAGAUUCAAUGAAAUUAAUCUGUGAGACCUGUGCCAUGAAAGUGUUAUUAAUGUUUAAAUAAAAACUCAUUAAAUUAUGUAUA